AUGACUGGUAAUCCAUAUAAGAGACUUGCCUGGAGUGACUCUGAUGCCUUUGAUUCAAAGCUCAGACAAGAUCUCAAAGACUCCAACAAGGCCCACAAGAAGAAAUCAAACAAGAAUGAAAGGAGAUUGGCAGUCAGUCAGUGGGACACAGAUGUACAACUUCUUGUUUCAUCUUCUAAAUGGCUUCAACUUCAUGGUCUCAAAAGAAACAAGUUGUUCCUAUCCCAGAUUUUGUCACAGAUUGGGUUCCAGCACCGGAAAGGUUAUGUGACCACCUUGGGGAAACUUGUGGCUUCUCGGUAUGCAGAUGGUCUGUUUCCUCAAUACAAGGGAGCACAAGGCGGCACCGUGUAUAAUCUGACAGCCAAAAAAGAACUGAUUCUUCAUUUUGUGGAUUGUCUAAUGGGAGCUAUUGAGCUAUAUAAGCAGCGAAUGGAAUGGUUAACCAGUGGGAGCCGGCAGAUUUUUGGAGUGAUUCAAGAACAGUGCAUUGUCAUUGUUUUGGAUUUUGGCACAGCAGGUCCAGCUGAAUUUGAUGUAUGUCGGGAUGCACUUUGUAUGGUACUUGUGGAACAGGUGACCCAAAUUGCCAAAUUCAACCUCAUUCGAGCUGCUCAGGGUCUUAUGAAGUGGGAACAGAAAUCUACUCCUGCGUCUGAGCAUACUGUAAAGUCUGCUGUUACAUGGCUCUGGAAGCUAGACCAUAUGACAGCUGCCAGCCAUACCAGCUCUGUUGAAGCCCUGCUGGAAGCCAUGAGUGAUGAAGCGGUUGAAGCUGUUUAUUACUUUGCUGUGGGUGAUGUUCCCAUGGACACAAAGCAGCUACUCCUUGAAAAGGUUUCUGAUGCCCCCUGUCCAGUCAACACUGUAUCUUUCAAUGCUACAGAAGAUGAAACUAUUGUUUUUCUGAAAGAGCUGAGCCACUUGGCCUGUGGCAGAUUCCAUGCUUUUGCUGAGAAGAAUAACUAUAGAGAUGCUACUGAACCUGCACUAAAAUGCGAAGAGGAUGGAAAAGAUAUAAUUGCCCUGAAUUCCAGAACAAUGAAUGGGAGAAUGCCACUAGUAGCUGGUGUCCAUCAAGAUGUGUUUUUGAUCUGGAAGGAGAUGGAGGAAGCCAAGAGUACAUUGAUACAAGUUCAGAAAAUGUUAUCAGAAACUGACCAGCCUGUUCCUCAAAAUGCAACCAAAGAUGAUCACCCUGACAAAUAUUUGACUUCUGAGAAAUGGUUGCAGAAGUAUGGCUUGAAAGCCCAGAAGCUCACGCUGUAUGAUGCACUUGCUGAUUGUACCUUUCGCCACGCAGAUGGAAUUGUUGACAUAAAAACUAAACCAGAGGAUGAAUCUUCACAAACUGAUGCUGAGACAAAGAGGAAGAUAAUUAAUGCAAAAUACUGUGACAAGUUUGUACAUACCUUCUGGAAAGAUGGAUCUGUAGUUCACAUGUAUGUUAGUACAGAAAAGUAUAAGCAAUAUCAAGAGAAAAUGAGGAGAGUUCUCAGACAAGUGGAAGGAAGGAUUAAGUGGCUUCAGCAAGGAAGCAGGGGGCUCUUUGGGAAUGUGGUUGAAGAUAAUCUCUAUAUUCUUAUUGAUACAUCUCAGUCUAUGAAGGACAAGCUGCCACUGGUGAAGGAGAAAAUGUUCCAGCUCAUACAGGAACAAUUGAGGCACAAAAAGCAAUUUAACUUUGUGAAAUUUAGUGCCCAAGCAGUGGCGUGGCAAGAGAAACUUGCUGAAGUUAAUGAGGAAAAUUUACAAGAUGCUUGGCACUGGAUAAAAGAACUUGAGGUUGGAAGUUCCACAAACACACUCAGAGCUCUCCAGAUUGCUCUUGCUGAUGCUGACACUCAGGCUAUUUAUCUCUUGAGUGAUGGAAGACCUGACCAGCCCACCCAAAUAAUUUUGGAUCAAGUCCUUCUGCAUUGUAAAAUUCCCAUCCAUACUGUAUCCUUCAACUGUGAUGAUACAGAAGCAAAUAAAUUUUUAUAUGAAUUAUCUACUGAAACAGGAGGACGGUUUCAUUAUUACAACAUUUACUUCACUGAUCCUGAUGUCGCAGAGUUUAUUGUUAAUGAAGACAUACAUCUUUUGAAAAGAGAGAUUGAACAAGGAGAAAGAGACCUAGAGAAAAUGAAGACCUUUCAUCAGAAAUGUCAGAUGACAGAUUGCUGUAAUGGAGAAAAUGAUCCAGAGAAUAACAGUAGGCUGUGCUGUGCUCCGGAAGAGUCAGCACCGACACCGUCUCAGCAAAUCUGUAAAACCACUGCUGCCAAUCCAGCCCGAAGGAAGAAAGCAUUAUAUGCCGAGCAAACAAAGACGAGUCUGCUACGAAUCCUCAGUCAUAGUGUGAAAUCUGGUGAAGAAAAUCUAGAGGAAGGAAUAUCUCCUGAAGAAAAGAUUUUUUCUGUCAAAAGGAGUGUGAAACGCACAACCAUUGUCAAAGGCAAGUUGAUGGAACAGGAAGACCUGGGUGGGGCAGAUGUGAAAAUGCAGAAAGCUGUGAAAAAGACGUCUAAAAGUUCUCUAGAUAUCUCUUCAGCUGUUUGGUUAAAGACUCACGGCUUGGUUGCUAGACGACUCACCAUAAUGGAUGCCUUAGCUCCUACAACUAUCCCACAUGGUACCAAAUACAUCCCAGUUCUGGACAAGCAUGUAGCUUCUAAAGUAUUUGAUGAGAUACUACCAUUGGCCCAUGUUAGCAAUGACAAGAAAAGGAUCACACUAAUUAAUCCUCAGGCAGUGAAUCUUGAUGCCUAUAAAGAGAAGCUGGAACAAGCCAUUAAAUCCUAUGAAAGGCGCCUAAACCUAAUUAUUUGGAAAGCACUAUCUCAGGAGGAAAGAAACAAAUUUGAAGAGGAUGGGACAGUUCAAUAUAUGCAGCACAAAGAAGCCUUGCUGGAGGCUUUAGAGAAUUUGGGAUGGCCAAUUUCCUAUGAAGAUGUCAUAUUGUUAGAAGAUGAGAUAUUGGCAGCAUUAACAUAUAUGCAACAAGCCUCUGAUCUUCAGAAAGCAGUCAAAAAGGAAAAUGGGAAGAACUCAAAAUCAUACAUAUGUAACCAUAAAAAGAGGCUUGAAGAAGAAACUGUGAAAUCAAAGUCUAAGAACAGACAAAAAGGUCAAGUAUUUGUGACUUACAAAAGCCAAAAGGUGAUUGCAAGAUCAGAUGUCACAGGAUUUUAUUAUUCAGGAACUGUGAUCAAGAAUAUCAGUUCUACCUAUGUACUUGUUGCCUUCAGCAAUGGGGAGACCUGGACUGUACCUGUGAAGUUCAUUAUACCUGUGGGAGGUGCUAUGCCAUGCCCAUAUCUGCAGGCUGGAGACUAUGUGUUUGCCAGAACCGGAACAGUGACAGCAAACGAAUAUUAUGUGCCUGCCAUUGUAAUAGCAACACCAAAUAGAGAGGAAAAGGAUGACAAACUCUACACAGUUCUCAUGUUCAACAACAGGAAAGAACACUGUGUAAGAAGUGAGCUUAUUAAAAUCAGCCAAAUGAAGUAUGACUUUUCCUGUCACUACAUUAGAAUGGUGCAGAUGAUGGAUUAUAUGAUCCUGGACAGAGAGAGCAAAAAGCCCUAUCUUCACUCAUUUGUGGAGGAUGAAGGAGAAGAAGCAAAGAAAAGUAUUGUGAAAGAAGAUAGAGAAAAGAAAAAGAGAGUGGUAGACAAAAGACAUCCCAGGAAGAAGAUGUUAGACUCCGAUGAUCUUUUGUCUGUCUCCAGAAGGGAAUUAAAACAAAUAAGAAGAAAUUCACUACCUAGCAAUGAAGAAGAAUUUGGAGGUAAAGAAGUAGCUCUGGAAAAUUACAAAUAUUAG